AUGCAGUGCCCACCUGAAGAAAACCUAAUUUCCCUUUGGUUGGCAGAUUACGGUUCUCAGAGCAGCUGCCGUACGGAGAGGCUGAAGGGUUUUGCGGUGGCUCGAGCAACUCUGGUGGACGGGAGGUCAGUGGCUAAGGGGUUGACUCGAGAAUCAAGUUCAGGAAGAAAACCAUGGGUUAGAUGUUCUGGUGAGGGAAAUCGAGUUCCAGUUGGGCAAAAUGAAUCGUGCCGGAUGGGAUGGUACGGGAAGGUAAACACAAGAUUAAGAUCGAAGAAACGCAAGAUGAUUUAUCACCCAUUGCCGGCAAGGAAGAGCGUUGCCGGCGCCGUAGAACAUGACCGGUGGAGAUUCCUCGAUACUUAUGUUUGA